GAAGAUAAUUGAAGAAAAAAUGCAUUUUUCAUCAAAACUUUAUAUAAGAAACAAUUACAAAAAAUAUUUAAGUCUCUGCUUCUAUAUUCUGCAACUAUACAAACUUCUGCUACUGACUUCAGGUGUUUCCUCCCAGCCUGAAUUUGCGGAAGUGAUACCUAAUGUGACAGUUGCCAUAGGACGCGAUACUGUACUUAAAUGUGCGGUUGAUAAUCUAGAAAACUAUAAGGUAGCUUGGAUUAAAAUGGAUACACAGACAUUACUUAGCAUACAUAAAAAUGUGAUCACUCGAGAUCAGAGGAUUCGAGUCACUCAUAACAAUCUACAUUGGAAUCUUCAUAUCAAAGAAGUCGAAGAAAAGGACAGAGGAUAUUAUAUGUGCCAGAUUAACACAGAACCAAUGGUUAGCCAAUUAGGAUACCUUGAUGUUAUGGUACCCCCGUCCAUUCUGGAGUCAGGUACAAGCUCUGACACCGUUGUAGAAGAAAGAUCCAAAGUUAGUCUACGCUGCGAGUCUUCGGGUUAUCCUCAACCAGCUGUAACGUGGCGAAGGGAAGAUGGAAAAGACAUCAAUCUAGGCUCAUAUGGUGGCAAGAAAUAUUCAGCUUUGAGAGUUGAAGGCGAAUACCUCAACAUUAGUCAAGUCUCCAGGGAGGAUAUGGGAGCUUAUUUGUGUAUUGCUGCUAAUGGUGUCCCGCCGUCAGUCAGCAAAAGAAUAAUGUUGCAAGUAAAUUUCCGACCUAAAAUACGAGUUCCAAAUCAACUGGUUGGAGCAGCAUCUGGUACAGAUGUCACUUUAGAAUGUAGAUUAGAGGCUUCACCUGUUCCUCUGACGUCAUGGAUUCGCAAUGAUGGGCUAAUGCUUCUCAAUGACCGGAAAUACGUCAUAACUGAAGAGCGAGAAGGAUACAAGACAGAUAUGAAGAUAAAAAUUAAAAAUCUGGAAGAAAAGGACUUUGGUUCUUAUAAAUGUGUGGCGAAGAAUACUCUUGGUGAAAAGGAGGGUUUCAUUAGACUGUAUGAAAUUCCUCCUCCUACAACCAUUCCUAAAGUAACACAACAUUACGAAGUCUAUUUGCCAAGGUUAAGAGAUAAAAACUUGCGGUCUUCCGCAUCCGAUGUAGGAGCCUUAGACGAUUCAGUGCCAAGCAGACCACUUCAGCAGUCACCGGAAAGUGGGGCUUCUUCAUCCAUAUCAGUGUCUGUGGUACAAAUUGUCUUCGCUAUUGUACUAAGAAUACAAAUAUUUCUUCUUCUAUAACUGUGACAUAUAUUAUCUACAUUGUAUUCCAAACACUUUUCCGAAUUGAUCAUAAGAACAAACACAAAAUCAGAAACAAUAAUAUCAUUGAAGAAAGCAACUUUAAAUAUAUCGUAUUUCGUGUAUCAUAUCAAGAAAAAACACAUUUCGCAUGGAAAUUCCACGAUUGCAUGAAACUACUACAAAGAGCAAUGACUUCCAAAAGCUAUGACAUAUUUUUACCUAACAAAUCUACUAAAUUAUUCACUUCCUUUAUUAAAGCAAAAACCGACGCAAUGAUGAACUACUACUCAUCAAAAUACAUUUAAAGCUAAAGCUGAAGAGUGGACAUUGCGAUUGCAAAGAUCGUUUAGUACUUCUACAUGAUUCCAACAGUGAAACUCAAGAAGAGAAAUCCAUGAUAAAACUAAAUAGCAUCGGCUCACAAGCGGUUUCAUUUCGUCUGUCCAGAGAAGUGUAUGAUCUAGAUAAGUUGUAUGAAAUUAUUGAUUCAAACUUCAAUUGAGGCAGUGAGAAUCAAAGGGGUGUAAGAUAAAAAAUUCAAAAUUUACAGAUAACCAGUUAAAAGAAAGCACCGGUUUUGGAAGAAGAGGUGGUAACAGUAUCUCUGGUAGGUGCUGCUAUACAAUAUGAUUGAGAAGAAAACUUCAGUGAAAGCCAACCUAGGGUUUGAAACUUGCACGUGUUUUAUUUAUGACUUAAGAAUGAAUCGCCUACAUCCUUUUCUCAUCUCACUACCUCAAUUGAUCUUGUUGUAUAACUCAAAUUUUGAAUGAAAUACAUUUUCAGUGCAUUGAAUUAAACAUAUGUCUUUGCUAAUAUGAUGUAUAUUUUAUAAAAGAGGUAAGUAACAAUAAAUGACACAAAUAUAACCAUCAGUUUAUAGGAGGGUGUAAAUCCAAUACCGUUUCGAUGAAAAAGUAUAACGUCAUCCCUUUUCUAUUUAUUAUGUGUUAUUCUUAACGAAAUGUUCUAUAUGACCUGUCUUUAUGGUAUUUCUUCAAAUUGAUGGAGAAAGAUAUUGAUGAUUAACAAUAAGAACUUUUUCUUUUCGAAUUAAACGGAUAUUGUAAGCAGAAGUUUCGAAAAGUAAGGUAACAAAAGCGCUGACGGGUGCAUAGAUUUUCUGAAUGAAAUCACACUGAAGAUAACCAAGAUGGUCAGAGCUUUAAAACGAUACCGAUGGGUUAGUUUUAUCCUGUUAGUAGGAGCUUACUAACUGGACAAAAUGUCAGUUAAAAGAUGGCUCUGCUGGUGUAAACAUAUCUCGCCAAUAAAAUAAGAAGUGCGAUAGUAUUUUUGCGUUGGAAGGUAUUGUGCCACCCCUCUUUACAGUCCCAAUCUCGCAUCAUCCCUUUGCACUUUUAAAGAAACACUUGGAGGUCCAGUAUGGAAAAAAUGAUCAUCAACAAUGUGAAACCACAUCAAGAUGGCUUGCUGAACCACAGCAUCGGUCUUGAACUGCUGAUCUCCCAAGUGUUUUUUUUAAGGUCCAAAGAGUUGGAAAUCACUUGGUGUACGGUCGGGAAUGUAAAGAGGUUCAAUACCUUCCAACGCACCAAACACAUUAUCGUAUCUCUUGGCGGGACAUGUUUCCAUCAACUCAGUCAUCCUCUUCCUGAUAUUUGGUCCUGUUAGUAGACACUUAGCUUCCUUUUCCUUUAGCUACUUCCUCCACUUAACUCCUUUCCCGCGUACCGUUUGAAAGCUCUGAUCAUCUUCGUUGUCUUCAGUGUGAUUUCAUUCAUAUGCUCCCAUCUCUGUUCUUCUUAAUAUACUUUUUGAAACUUCUUCGUUAUGAAAUCAUAACUUUCUUUAAUGGUUUAAUUAUAACGAAACAUUUAUUUCCAAACGUGACCAAGUAAAUACGUAUGUUUAGUCACCAACCUUGAGCAAACAAAAGAAAGUUAAAUUAAGUAAUUUUAUUCUUUUAGAUAUGCAAAUGUAUGUUCUAUUAAAUAAAACUUCGAAACGGUUUCCUGAUUAUUACCUCAAUGUCGCCCCAGAAAAGUUUAUCGGCUUUCUUCGUUUGGGACGAGCACAACUUACAGAAGAGUAGCAUCGAAGAAAGCCUUGGCCCUCCAGUAAUAAUUAAAAACGAAAUUUAGUCACUUUUAAAUAUAAUUAAUCUUUAUAAACCUAGACUUUUAAAUUUUGAUAUUAAGAAAAGCAAAUGAUUUUCUUAAGUAUGUAUUAAUUUUUUUGAUAAUGAAGAAGAAAAUGAACAUGCAUUAAAGAAAAUGAUGAAAACCAACAUAAAAUUCCAGCAAUUGUUUCAUAAAAACAUAUUUUUUUCCGUUAAAAAAAAUCAACUACGCAAAAGCAUUUUAUUUCUAAAUUUAUUGGUAAAAAUGGAUGUAUUUAAUUGUAGUUUUUAACUGUUCAAUGCUUUUA